AAUGUUGUGGAACGUGUUGCCAAUAUACCUCUAGUGAGCACAGCCUGCACAUUGGUCAGCGGAGUGUACACCUCUACCAAGGACAGUCACCCCUACAUCCGCAGCGUGUGCGAUGUUGCAGAGAUGGGAGCCAAGACCUUAACUGGGGUUGCAGUCACUGGAUCAAAGCCCAUCUUAAGCAGGCUGGAGCCACAAAUUGCAACAGCUAAUGAAUUGGCUUGCAAAGGUCUGGAUAAAUUGGAAUCAACUCUGCCUAUUCUCAAUCAACCAGCUGAGAAGGUGGUAUCGGAUGCAAAGUCUCUGGUGACAGGAGCUCGUGAUGUAGUUGUUGGUGCAGUUACAAGCACUGUGACAGGUGCUCGGGAUACUGUAACUGGUGCAGUAUCUGGUGCUAUGUCUGGUGUCAUGGGCCUGGCAACAGGAGCCAUCCAGGGCAGCAUUAAUGCCACUCGAUCUGCAGUGUCAACAGUGAUGGAGUCUCACGUGGGACAGUUUGUGACCAGCAAAGUAGAUACAGUGUUAUGGAAAACUGAGGAAUGGGUUGAUCAUUACCUUCCCCUGACAGAUGAGGAACUGUCUCAGCUUGCAUCCGCUGUAGAGGGGUUUGAGGUUGCACCAUUGCAGCAGCAGAGGGAGCAGCAGAGUUACUAUGUGCGCCAAAGCAGGAACAUCCACAGAUGGCGAAGAACAGGUAAUGGAUUGAGACCUGUGAUUUGUAUUGCUUUAUAUGAACAUGGUAAACUAAGUAGUCCUUCCAGGUACUGUGUGCAUCUGUAA